AUCGACAAGUGACGGAGUGAUGGCCGAAUGCCGACCCCGGACACAAAACAGCCGCCAUCCUCAUGCUAGCAGCGCUGGCUGCCGCUCGGCCGGACGACUGGGAGCCGGAGGGCCAUUCCCACUCGGAGCACACGAAGCCGUACCACGUGACCGUGGUGAAGAAGAUCGGCGUGCCGGUGCCGCACCCGGUGGCCGUGUCCGUGCCGCAGUACGUGAAGGUGCCCAUCCCGCACCCCUACCCCGUCCACGUCACCGUCGAGCAGCCGAUACACGUGCCAGUUUACAAGGUUGUUCCCCAGGUGGUAGAGAAGCCGGUGCCCUACACCGUGGAGAAGCCCGUGCCCUACGAGGUAGAGAAACCCUACCCCGUGGAGGUGGAGAAGAAGGUGGAGGUCCCCAUCCCCAAGCCCUACCCCGUCCAUGUGCCGGUCUACAAGCACAUCUACCACCACAAGGGAGGCAAACACUAAGUGCAUAGCUUGCUCUGCGAGCACGUACUUAUCAACCGUAGCCUUAGUAGUUAGUCUGGUAACGAGAAGUUUAGUAGAAGACUGAAGUUAAGUUUCU